AUGCGGGUGAGACUGCCAAUGUAGUCGCCCAGCUUCUUGAUGGUGUCAUGGCUGUCGACGAGGAAGUGCUGCUCGAGGAAGUCACACAGCUACAAGAGAAGUUAGAUGACUCCUCGUAAUGCUGACGACUUUAAGAAAAAUGGACAAGAUGAGACCAGCAUAACUCUGGAGUGGAAAACAGUCCCCAACAUCGACAAUUACAUUCUUGCAUUUAAUGGGAGCAAGAUCAAUAUUAGUAAUUCUGAAAAAGAAUACAGAGUGUUAGAUUUGACCAGUGGAACCAGAUACAAUUUCACUCUCUUCACUGUGUUUGGAAAUGUCAGUAGCAGUGGAGUAAACUGCAUCGCAGUUACUGCUCCUCGUAAUGCUGACGACUUUAAGAAAAAUGGACAAGAUGAGACCAGCAUAACUCUGGAGUGGAAAACAGUCCCCAACAUCGACAAUUACAUUCUUGCGUUUAAUGGGAGCAAGAUCAACAUUAGUAAUUCUGAAAAAGAAUACAGAGUGUUAGAUUUGACCAGUGGAACCAGAUACAAUUUCACUCUCUUCACUGUGUUUGGAAAUGUCAGAAGCAGUGGAGUAAACUGCAUCGCAGUCACUGCUCCUCGUAAUGCUGACGACUUUAAGAAAAAUGGACAAAAUGAGACCAGCAUAACUCUGGAGUGGAAAACAGUCCCCAACAUCGACAAUUACAUUCUUGCGUUUAAUGAAAGGAGCAAGAUCAACAUUAGUAAUUCUACAGAAGAAUACAGAGUGUUAGAUUUGACCAGUGGAACCAGAUACAAUUUCACUCUCUUCACUGUGUUUGGAAAUGUCAGAAGCAGUGGAGUAAACUGCAUCGCAGUCACUGGAGUUAUUGCAGGGUCCGUAUUUGGUGUGCUUCUUUUUGGUCUCCUGGUCGCUCUGGUUGUCUUAAUUUUCCUCAAAAGACCAGAUAUUAUUAGCAGAAAGAAGUCUUCAUUCAUUGGUGGAUCCAAAGUACCAAACACACAGAGCAAAUCUAUUCCCUCUGCAAAGUUUCCAGACCACUUCCAUCAGCUGAGUUUGGACGAGAACAGAGGCUUCAGUGAGGAAUAUGAGUGCCUCGCUCCUGUUGGAACAGACCAGACACGAAAGACUGCUAUUCUACCUGAAAACAAAGCGAAGAAUCGUUUCAAUAACAUCUUGCCAUAUGACUGGUGUCGUGUGAAGCUAACUACAUCAGAUCCUGAUGGAAUUUCAGACUAUAUCAAUGCCAAUUACAUGCCGGGCUACAGCAGUAACAGAGAGUACAUUGCCACUCAGGGCCCUCUGCCCUCUACUGUUAAUGAUUUCUGGAGAAUGAUUUGGGAACAAAGAGUUAAGAGGAUCGUUAUGGUAACCAACUGCAUUGAAGGAGGGCGGACCAAGUGUGAACAAUACUGGCCUGCAGACAGCAAGUCAUGCCUUUAUGGAGAGCUGUUGGUCACCAUGAGAUCUGAGCAACAGGAGACCAACUGGACGCUGAGAGAAUUCAACCUGAAAGAUAGAAAAACCUCAGAAGAACGGACAGUUAAACAUUUCCACUUUACUGCCUGGCCUGAUCAUGGAGUCCCAGAGUGCACAGAGGUCCUGAUCCAGUUCAGAGGACUGAUGAGACAGCACAUAGAGAGAGAAGGGGGCAAAGCACCAACUGUGGUUCACUGCAGUGCUGGAGUCGGGAGAACUGGCACUAUCAUUUCCCUGGAUGUGCUGCUUCAGCAGCUGGAGAAAGAACAAGCAGUCGGCAUCAAUGCCUUCGUACACAAGAUGAGACUGAGCCGACCAUACAUGGUGCAGACGGAGUCUCAGUACGUUUUUCUGCACCAGUGCAUCAUGGACAGUCUGCAACCAAAAGACACGAAUGAAGAGAACAUUUAUGAGAACACGUACGAGAAUGCAGAUAUGAUAUACGUCAAUGCCACUGCCCUCCAAGAGCUACGUCGGCAAAACGCAAAUGCGUAGUGUCAACCCUGCACUCAAUCUUUUAUGCACUUAAUGAAAAACUAUUUGUCUAUAAGCAAUAUGUUGGUUUUAAACGCAAUAAUACAAACUAUUACAUCUUAACUAUUUCUGUAAAUGCAUUGCACACUUCAGAUCUUACUCAGUUUGCAUCUCUUCUAAAUAUGUAAUAUUAUUAUUUUUGUUGUCAUUGUUUUUAUGUGAGAAAAU